AUGGCCGCCCUCCGCUCCAUUACCGCCGGCCCGCUGGCCGCCCUCGCCCCCGCCGCCAGCGCCCCGUCGCGCAUGCUACCGCCGCUGCUCCGCCGCCUGCAACAGCGCCCGCUCCUGCCGGUCGCGCUCCGUCUUCCUGCCCCCGCCAUUGCUGCCAUUGCUGGCGUCUCGGGGCUCCUGUCUGGCAUCUGGGAGUCGAUACUGCGUGCUGUGCCGAAGAAGAAGACGUCGCACAUGAAGAAGCGGCACAGGCAGAUGGCCGGCAAGGCAUUGAAGGACGUCACCGAGGUUGUGAAAUGCCCCGGCUGCGGCAGGCCGAAGCGCGCCCACAUCCUGUGUCCCUACUGUGUGCAAUCCAUCCAGCACUGGUUGAAGGGCAACGAAAACCAUGUCUCCAAGGAAUGA